UCUACCAUCUUUGAUAUCUUCUCCGCGAUUUCUAGGGUUUUCUCUUUUCGAUUUCGUUUUUCCUUUCUUUCCGUUUGUCUUUCGUGCCUGAAGGAGAGGAAAAAAUGUAAAAUCUCGUGCGAUCGGUUUUCGCUGCCGCUCUUUGUUUGCAAUUGCGCGAAAUUCGUGUUUUGUUGAAUCAUCUGCUUGAUCGGUGGCCGCUGAUCGGAAACCUAUGGAUUUGUUUCUUCCGUGUUUUGAUUUCUAGAAGAACAAGGAUCAGAAUCGUUGAAUCAAGUUUAAGGAAGAUGGCUUUAGUUUCUGGAGGAGGAUCGACACUGAACCCUAAUGCCCCUCUUUUCGUUCCAGCUGCAUUCCGCCAAGUGGAGGAUUUUUCUCCGGAAUGGUGGCAGCUGGUGACGACGCUGACAUGGUACCAUGACUUCUGGCUCAGCCAGCAACAGGAUGUUGGUGACAACUAUUAUAGCAACGGUUCUGAAGAUGAUGGGUUUGUAGGCCAUGAUGUGGUUGAAUUGCUUCCUGAUUCCUUUGAUCUUGUUGGAGCUGUUGAAGAAGAUCCUGCUGUUUAUGAAGAACAGCUUGAAGACUUCAUGCGAUUUUCUCGUGAAGCCCAUGAAGAAGCUUAUUACAAACUAACUGCAUGAGCCAGAGAUGAACCUUCUGAUUUCAACUGCAUCUACCACCUUAGAGGCUGAAUGCCACAGCCUUAGCUUGCGGUCAUUUAGCUACUGCUGUACCAUGUUAUUCCAUAGCUUCAACUUUCUGUUAACUCUUGUAUAGCAAGGUUUCGACCUUCAAUCUAUCCUUCUCUUGCUUCACCAAAAUAUGUGGUGUGAAUAAGGGAGGAGAAAGAUGAAAAAAAGAAUGUGAAUCUUUCAUUUACUCAUGUUUAAGAGCUGCUACAAGUAUUCAGAUUACAAAAUUGAAAAAUUAGAAGAAAAAGAAACUUCUUUGUUGGGAUUUG